GAUGAGACCCGGAGAGGAGCGCCCUGUGGAGGGGGGCGCCCGCGGCGGCGCCCCGGACCUGGAGCUGCUGGAGCUGCUGAAGCUGCGCGCGGCCGAGCGCAUCGACCAGGCGGCCGACCCGCUGCACCUGGGCUUUCUCUGCGAGUACGACGCGCUGCCCGGCCUCAGGCACGCCUGCGGCCACAACCUCAUCGCCGAGGUCGGGGCGGCUGCGGCGCUGGGCGUGAAGGGGGCUCUGGAGGACCUCCCCGGGCCGCCUCCGCCGGUGAAGGUGAUUGUCCUGGGAACUCCUGCAGAAGAAGAUGGUGGUGGCAAAAUUGAUUUAAUUGAAGCAGGGGCUUUUAAAAAUCUUGAUGUUGUUUUUAUGGCCCAUCCAUCCCAAGAGAAUGCUGCUUAUCUCCCUGAUGUGGCUGAGCAUGAUGUGACUGUGAAAUACUAUGGAAGAGCAUCUCAUGCUGCCGCUUAUCCCUGGGAGGGAGUCAAUGCGUUAGAUGCUGCUGUUCUCGCCUACAACAAUUUGUCUGUGUUAAGACAGCAGAUAAAACCAACCUGGAGAGUUCAUGGUAUAAUAAAAAAUGGUGGUGUAAAACCCAAUAUCAUUCCCUCUUAUUCUGAAUUAAUCUAUUACUUCCGUGCCCCUUCAAUGAAAGAACUUCCAGUUUUGACCAAAAAGGCAGAAGAUUGCUUCAGAGCUGCAGCUUUGGCUACUGGAUGCACAGUAGAAAUUAAAGGUGGAGCACAUGAUUAUUACAAUGUCCUUCCCAAUAAGAGCCUGUGGAAAGCUUAUAUUGAAAACGGGGAAAAGCUGGGAAUAGAAUUCAUUUCAGAAGAUGAUGCAAUUUUGAAUGGCUCUUCAGGAUCUACUGAUUUUGGAAAUGUUAGUUUUGUGGUUCCUGGGAUUCAUCCGUAUUUUUACAUUGGAUCUGAUGCCUUGAAUCAUACAGAACAAUACACUGAAGCUGCAGGAUCACAAGAAGCUCAGUUCUACACCUUGCGUACAGCCAAAGCUCUAGCAAUGACUGCGUUGGAUGUUAUUUUUAAACCAGAGUUGCUAGAAAGAAUCAGAGAGGACUUUAAAUUGAAACUUCAGGAAGAAGAGUUUUUAAAUAGAGUAGAAUGAAAGGAAGAUUGUGGAGCCGCUUAUGAAUCAUUAAGAAGAAGUGAUGAUUUUUUUUCAUUAACCUUUUUUGGUGAAGGAGGAGGGCAUGUUUG